AGAGUGAUAAUGAAAAUAAAAUUUGUUUGUUCAGUGUGCAUAAAACAGAAAACUUGAAGAUCCUUUCCCGUUAAAUACUUGGUUGCUAAACUGAAAUGGCGAUUACAGUGAAGCUUGCUAACGGCACGCAGCACUCCGUAGAUGUGUCAGACUUUGGUGUCACGGUGGCUGAACUGAAGAAGCAGCUAUCCAGUGCGCUAGAGAUUCCUGCCGACGAGCAACGGGUCAUACUUCGCGGUAAGGUGUUGAAGGAUGAUGGCGUGUUAUCUGCCGUUGGGAUGGAAGACGGGAGUGUGAUUCACGUCGUGCGCAGUAAGAAAGCAGCCGCUUCAGCUCCUUCAGCUACGCCGACAAGCGCUUCCGCCGUAACUUCCUCACAAACCCCUAGCGCACCAGCUCCGCCUACCGCAGCAAGCCAGCCUUCACAGGCAGAAACGCCGGCAAACCCGUAUGCCGCGCUGAUGAGCACUUUCGGUGCAUCUCAACCUCAACAGCCCUUCGGCGGGGGUAAUGCUUUUUCCGCGCCUGGAAAUCCUUAUGCCCAAAUGGGCAUGGAGGGUCCUGGAAAUCCGUCGCCGCAGCAGGCGGCUGAAAUGAUGCAGAAUCCCAUGAUGCAGCAAAUGAUGCAACAAGCACUUAACGACCCCCAAUUUACGCAGUACAUCAUUCAGAGCUCGCCGCAGCUCGCCGCUCUUCCGCCGGCGCAGCAGCAAGCCGUUGUUCAAAUGAUGCGCAACCCAUACAUGAUGCAACAAGCAAUGGCAAUGAUGGGCAGCGGCGCCGCUGGUGGGGGCGGAAUGCCUAACUUCGGCCAACCCGCAAAUCAGCAAAACUCGAACUCUGUUGUACCAAUGGCAGGUUUCAACCCUGCGAUGUUUGCUCCGCCGCCACCUCAGGGCAACCCUCGUGAAAUUUACCGGGAGCAACUUCAACAGCUGCGUGAGAUGGGAUUUCCAAACGAGGAGGCGAAUAUCGCUGCGCUUCAGCAAGCCCAAGGCAACCUGCAGUUUGCACUCGAGCGACUUCUUGGUGCGUGA